UUUGUUAUGGUUGUUCCAGGACCGUUUUGUCCUGUUCAGGUGAGGCAAACGGUCUUUUGCGUAUGUUUGGUAUACACUCACACGCAUAGGCAAGCAAAUCGUUAAUCGUCGGUUUUGCAGCCGAAAUAUAUUAAUUGCAAUCGUGAACUGAGUGUGUGAAGUUGUGCAAUUAUUUUGUUCUGUAAAAUGGGAAGAGAAUUGAAUAAAAAAGUGCACCAAUUCUUUAAAUUUAAUUUGGAAGAGAACAAGUCAAUAUGUAGUGUUUGUGGUAUUAAAUUGUCCGGCAAUCAUUCAACAAACCUUAGACGGCAUUUAACAACGAAGCAUAUGGACGUUUUCAAUGAGUGGAACAAUUCUGGACAUUCACAAUCAACCCAAUGUGAAGAAAAACGAAAAAUAUCGUAUCAAGCGAGCGAAGAAGCAAUUGUUUCUUCUUUGAUUAAAAUAGUAACCACGGACGGAAAACCAUUUAUAUUUCUAGACAGUGAAGGGUUCAAAGAAAUUAUGGAUCCAAUAUAUAAUGCACUUGGCAUGAACCCUGUAACGUCUCGAAAUAUUAUGAAUUUUGUGUCAGUCAAAGAGCAGUUUGUCAAAGAAAACAUAAGGGCUUUUGUGAAGGGAAAGCUGGUGUCCUUGAAAAUCGAUGUUGCCACCAGAAUGGAUAAAGCCAUUCUGGGAACAAAUUUGCAAAUGGUCCACGCAAGCCUGGCUAAAACCAAGAUUAUUGUAAAGACUUUAGGCAUGAUUGAGCUCGGGGGAUCUCACACUGGAAUAUACAUGAAGAACAAAAUACUAGAAGUCUUAGAUGAUUAUGGAAUAUCACUAGAUCAAAUCUACAGCGUUACGUCUGAUAAUGGGCGAAACAUGAUAAAGGCCGUCCAAGUGUUAAAUGAUGCCACAGAGGAAUCCCUUUUUGAAGAAGACACAGAAAGUGAGAAUCUUCUGAAUGAACUGGAUACUAUUGAACUUGCUAAUAUACACCUUGUGAGAUGUGCAGCACACACUCUGCAACUGUGUGUAUUCGAUAAACAAGGCAAAGGAGAUCGCCGAUAAAAUAAGUUCCUGUCGCACAUUAGGCAAAUCGCUGCGCACAGAAACAUAUAGGCACAAACACCAAAUGUUCCGGCGCUCGAAACUCCUGUGCGGGAAGAGAUGUUUGACUCCUCAUUCUCGGCAACUCUUUCAACCGAAUCCUCAUCUGAAGAGAUGUCGCUGUUCUCGGCAUUUUUGGACGAUUUUCAGACAGUGUAAGAAAGCAAAAAAGAUCCUGUUUCUGCAAAACUUGUCAAAAUUUAUGCUGACAUCGAAAACUUUGACGUUACUUUUGGGCGCUUGCCAAUAAAUUCAAAUGUAUUGGAAUUUUUUAAUGACUUGCAGCUUAAGCUUCCUUAUAUAAGUGCACUAGCGCAAGUUGUGCUGGCGACACCUGCAACGCAAGUUUCCGUCGAACGGGCAUUCUCAGCCUUACACUUUAUAUUAAGUGAACGAAGAAGUUCGAUUAGUGCAGAGAAUCUGAACGCCUUUCUAGUUAUAAAGCUUAACACAUAUAAAAAAUGUUAAAU